UACAAACACACCUGCCUACUUUCGCAUUGAUCGUCGUCCCGUUUCAACUUGUCAACAGCACUGAGGGAGGGAAAUACAGUCUUGGUAGGACACUUUGUCCCUGUAAUCUUAAAUAUUCAAUCAAAUGACAGACAGACUACCGCAUAAGUGAGGCUCCCCAAUCUUAUUCUGAACGACGUAUUUGUCUAUUGUAAAGUUCCAAGAUGAAUGGAGAUGAUAGUCCAGUGAUGGUGUACUCCCACCCUUCCAUGGCGUUGCUGGCUCAGGACGUUGUCAGCAGGUGUGAGGAGCUGUUGAGUUUGACAGAAGGGCGAAAGAGAAAUGACAUGUUAAAGCGGUCACUAUCUUUUUCCCCAUAUGGGCCUCGCGGCGUCCAGUACAGAAAUAUUCAGUGGAAAAAAUUCAAUGAUGGUUUCCCAGAUAUAUUUAUAGAUGAUGUAAAGGAUAUGCAAGGCAGAGAUGUGAUUUUUAUUGGAAGCUUCCAUUCACCAGACAUCAUCUUUGAACAACUGUCUCUUCUCUACAUGUUUCCAAGGUACCUGGCUCGGUCGUUCCAUUUCAUCCUGCCUUAUUUUCCGACUGGGACUAUGGAGCGAGUCGACACAGAAGGACAAAUCGCCACAGCUAAGACUUUGGCCACCCUCCUGUCUGCCAUUCCCCUGACCACCAAGGGACCAGCGCAGAUAUGUAUAUUUGAUAUACAUGCUCUGCAGGAACGCUUCUAUUUCUCAGACAACAUAAUCCCAAGAUUGGAGUCUGCUGUUCCUUUGUUGAAGAAUGAGACAUGUAAACUUCCAGACAUAGAUAAUAUUGUCUAUGCCUUUCCUGACGAUGGGGCCUUCAAAAGAUUCCACCUCUUUUUCCCAGAGGAGAACUCCAUUACCUGUGUCAAGAUUAGGGAUGGCAAGAAACGAAUAGUCAAGGUCAAGGAUGGAAAUCCCGAGGGGAAGCAUGUAAUAAUCAUAGACGACCUGGUACAGACAGGGGGCACCCUGAAGGAGUGUGGUCGGGCACUGCUGGAGAAGGGGGCCAAGUGUGUCAGCGCCUACGUUACACAUGCCGUCUUUCCUAAUAAGUCCUGGGAGAAGUUCAUGCAGGAUGACGUUAAGUUCGAGAACUUUUGGAUCACGGAUUCACUGCCUCAUGCCAAAUCUAUAUGUGAAAAUAAACCGUUUAAGUUACUGUCGUUGAGAGAUCCGAUUGCGGAGAUGUUGAUGGGGUACGAUCUCAUGCCUUACUGCUGAUGUGCUGUGGAUCGCUCUAGGACACUUCUGAUAUACCGAACUUAUAAAUCAACUGUAGGUCAUGUCUCAACACAUCACGACAACUAAGCGUAUGGGAAACACUAUGUAUAUUGUACAUCAAUAAUAAUUUUGUGAGAUAUUCAUAUUUGGUACUUAUUUGUGAUAUUUAAUGUUUGUUAAUUUUGAUAUCACCCACAGUUUAAUUAUGUCACAAGAAAUCAAAGAUGUAGUAUGUGUUUGUUCUUUCGCAAAAAGUCUUAAAUAAUGUGCUGUUAAAAAAACCCACAUAAAAGAGAGUUCACUGAAAUUGAAACUAAAAGUUAGAUAUUUAAGCGCUAUUUCAUGUUUACUAAUUUAACUAUUUCACAAAUAUUAAAUUCAGUCACAUUAUAUUUAGGCACUAUAAUAGAAUAUGUGAUGGUUCUUCUGUAAAUUAAAGUCCUCGCCGGUGUGUUAUUUGAAAAGCAACAAGGACAAUGAUUUUUCACGGAUAUUUAGGAGCUUACGG